AUGAAGGCUCUUGGGCUGAGAGCUCUUGCGUUGUUAGGUGUAGGUGAGGGUCGGUUGUACAGUGCCUUGAAUUACAAUGAAUCGAUGAGCAUGCUGAGACAGUUGGAGUUGGGUGGGGAUGUGCUGACGCUCGAAGACGUUAGCCCGCUGGCGCAGAGUAGGUCACAGUGUUUCAUACAGCACUUGUGUUCGAUUAACCCGUUGGUCAAGUUGACGGCGAGCAAGAACUCCCCCGCUGUGCUCUUUUCCGGCACAGUCCACGGUGAUGAGCGACUAGGCAGCGCGAUCACGCUGUACUUGGCGGAAUACCUGACCCAAGAGUAUCGCAAGAACAACACCUACGUACAAUGGCUUCUGGCGAGGAGAGAAGUGCACUUGCUCCCUUUCGCGAACCUCGAUGGCUUCGUCUUCAACCACCGGCAUGACUACCAAACCGAGAAAGCCAUGCAACCUUCCCGGGAUCGCAGACAGGAGGCUGAUCGCAGACAGGAGGAUGAUCGCAGACAGGAGGCCGAUCAGGAGGCGGAUCACAAAUGGAAGAGCUCUCCAAAAAGCUUGAGACUGCCACCCAAAAACUUAAGUCAACCAUGGAGAGACUUGAGUCAGCCACUAGCUGUUGCCGUUGAACCACGCGCAACGUCCCCGCAGCAGGCUCCUUUCUUUGGAGGGAAGGCUUUGGGGACAGAGGGUAGUCAGGGUGGAUUCAUUCAGCGUCUCGAUGCUCUACGAAAAGGCAAGAAGAGAUUGGGGAAUGGAGAGUCAGAACGGAAGCGGGAUGCUCCUCGGGUAAGAGUGGAUCCAAAUCGAGAUUUCCCUUAUCUCAAUCCGGGAUGUCCAAAAUCAGUUUCGGGACAAAUACUAUAUCAAGUGAUUAUGAGUAAACUGUAUGUAGCUGGAAUAACGUUUCAUGGAGGUAUGAGAUCUCUGACAUAUAACUGGGGUGGUCCUAACCAUUUGGAUCGAUUGAAGAAGAGAAGUACAGAAUCCCCAGACGAUGCCAUGCAAAGGUUUAUAGCCAAAGAGUUACAGGAAGCAGCAGGCAUAAUUCCUCUAUCAGACAUCAGGCAUAGAGACUCGGAAUUGCUUAGUUUACUCCAAGCAAAGGACGCCACACAACGGGUACCUACAGAUGUUCUGAUGGCGUAUAAACCGCAUCUUUUCUCCGUUGAUCCAAAUCCGAAUUACGCGUACUUUUAUCCCAUCGCUCCAACAAAUGAUUUGGUCUAUCCUGUGAACGGAAGUGUUGAAGACUGGGCAUAUGGCGGAGGCUGGGAAGAUUCUAUGGCUCGAUCAGGUGGGGAGAUUAUAUCUUGCAAACAACAAGGAUAUGAUAAACAUCUCCGCUUUCCUUUCUUCCUCGUGGAAACUGAUGAUGAUAAAGCUCCACAACCCCAGACGUAUGGCGACCGGGUGGAUGUGAAUUACCUCACAGCCUAUUCAGGACAUAUCCCACGUAAUAUUAGAAUGUGUUUGCGCUUAAUUGAAAUGGUAGAACCUGAGGUUGCCAUGUCAUAUAACAUUAUUAAUCUAGGUCGGACCAAUUCACCGACAAAGGAAAUGCGAAUCAAUUCACCAGUCAUCGGUAAUGGUGAUAUACAGGAUUUAUUGAAGGCCCUUAGACAAGAUCUAAAUAACUCAUUCGAAAUUAUAACUGCUGGCGAAGAACAAGAAAACACCUUACUAUUUCUCAAUCUUUAUUUCACGGGAUGUCAAUCGGUCAGAAAUAUUAAUGUUUAUGUUGGAAUAGACCUGCUGUACAGGGAUAACAAUCAUUAUCUGAAUUUAUGCUCUUCUUUUGGAGGGCUGAAAAUGACGAACUUCCAAAGAUAUAAUGUAAUACUGCACUUGCCUCCUUCGGUCUCCGGUCCUGUACUUGUUUCGGCUGAAUUUGACAAGGAAUGGGGUCAGCAAAUGAAUCCGGAUCCUGCGGAAGUGAUGCCUCAGAGUCAUUUGGUUAAGAUUCGAUUGCAACCGGAUUACGAAGUUGCCGGUAGUGGAGGUGAUUCAAUAUCAUCAAAUGUGACUCAAUUCUAUCCCAGGAUUGUCUUUAAGAAGUCUAAAUGUAAGCUGCACCGCUUCAGAUCUUUAAAUAUUACAGACAGACAGCUCCAUUAG